AUGCCUUUUCCAUUUGAGCUUCCCACGACAUCAUCAUUUUCAUUCUCAACAUAUUUCACCAGUGACUCCCAUCCGUCUCUACCUUUAGCCGUAAGUACUUAUAGAGGGGUCCUUCGUGAUGUGUUGAAGAAGCAUAAACGACUUACUCCCUCACAACAAUCCUCGAACCUUUUAUCUAUUCUUCAAGCACUCAACAACUACAUUCCAUAUCUCUUAGCCCUCGACUCUGGCAUAUCUUCUCAAUCUCACCCAGGGGCAGAACACAUCGAUAUCAUCCUUACUUCAACACCAACCAUGGAUUGGCGUCCAACUCUUUCAGAUCCUCCAAUACCUGGUAGAGAAAUCCCAAGACUAAAGAUUCAAAGUUUAGAAUAUGAAAUAUAUUUUGUUCUUUCAACACUAGCCUACACUCAUGUUCUUCUCUCACGAUCCUCAUUACAUCCCCUAUAUUCAUCAGCUUCGGCAUCACCAUCACCUGAUCAAAGAACUUCAUACAUCAAAACUGCCACAGAACAGUUGUUAUCAGCUGGUUCAAUUCAUAACUAUCUUUUCACACGCUCGACAACUCUGACUUCCCCACCUCCUUGUCCCGACAUCUCAAAUCCUGUUUUCCGUGCCCUAAGCAGUCUGGCAUUGGCGGAAAGUACAUUACUGGCAGUUUUAAAGGAUGAUCCAUAUCCAGCAGCAGUACAACAAGAUCGCAAUAAAAAUGACAAAGAAUGGAUGAUAAAAGCUCCUGAGAUGCCCAAAGUCCGCGCUCAUCUCUUUGCGAGAUUAUGUCUUGCUACCGCCGAACAUGCGGGUAAUACUGUAGCAAUGCUAGGUGGGAUGGGAAAUGGAGGAAAUGGAAAAGUGGACGCCGAGUUAUUGAAAUACGCGGAGGAUUUGCGAAGGGUAGGGAGAGGAAAAGCUUGUCGAUUCUUUGGGGUGGAUGCAGAAUUAGGUGGAAAAACCGGUGAUGGUAUUGGGUGGUUGAGGGCUGGGUUGAGUGAGCUAGGAAUAUCAAUGGGAGAUGAUGGAAAGAAGUCCUCUGGAAUAGGAUUUGGAAGAUUCAAGAAAGAAUGGACAGAGAAAAGAGAAGACCGCAGAAUUGAGAAAGGAAAGGAUUGGGGGAAUGAUGCAGGAAAAGCCGAGGAGAGUAGAGUUAUUGAGAUGUUGGAGAAGAAAUGGGUAAAGAUAAAUGAUACUAUCGGUACACAACUCAUACCUUCUAUAGGCACGCUCAUCUCAACUCUACCAUCUGGACGGGAAAUGCAUACACUAAAACCGUACAACCCUCCAACUCUUGAUAUCCAAGUUCUUGAAAGUAUGAGAGCACCACCAGAUCGAGCGGAUACAUACGAGGAAAACGAUAGUUCAGAUGAGGAUGAAAAUGGAACUCCAGUUGGUGCAUUUCCGGGCACAAAAGGACAUUAUGCUGGUGGUUCGAAUUAUUUCUGA